AUGGCAUGCACCCUGUCACACGUCAGCAGCAGCCCAAGAGAAUCGCCGGAAAACGGGCUCCGCCGUUCAUUUUCGGCCAAGGAUUUGCAAAGACGAGCCGGAAUCCGAAGGUCGUAUUCAGACAACAACCUCUGCUACUCCAUCAAGGCAUCCUCGAAGCUGAAAACGAGCCGUUCGGUCGGCUUCUUCAACAUAAACUUAUCGAGCACGAUUAUCCACGACACGUUUAGGUCGUUUAUUUUCGAGCGCGAGCCAAGUCCGGAGGAAACUAGCGGUUUUAGCGAGGAUGAGGGGAAAGAAAAACGGGUCAAUUGGGUCGAGAGGUUAGUCGAGCUUCGGGAUGAUUGGCGAGAUAGAAAGGACGAGGAGGUUGGUGAUGACGUGGAAAGCGGAGGUUGUGACGAGGAAAGAGGGUGUGACGUGGAAUAUGAUGAUGAUGACGUGGAUUCGGAUGACGAGGAAGAAAUUCGCAUCGAUAGAGAAACGUUUACGUCGUUGUUGACGAACGUUUCGUGGUCGGAUACUAAGAAAUUCUCUCAAUUAGCUUUCUUGUGCAACAUGGCGUACAAGAUCCCGGAUAUGAAGAAAGCAAAGGCGAAAGAGAAAGUCGAACGUGACUCGACUAAAACUAAAUCAGAGCACGAAAAAAAUCCCGAGCAGAUGAAGCCACCGCGCACACGCUCGUACGACCGAAUUGCUGUGUCAGCAGCCUCAUUCGUGCAGUCUCGAGCGAAAGAGGAGACAGACGGAGGUUGCUCGAGGGCUGCGCGUGUGGCGGCUUCGACUGUAACGGCGGUGGUUGCCGCUGGCGAGAGGGAGAAAGAGAAGGCGGCAAAAGAUCUCCAGUCGCUUCAUUCUUCCCCGUGCGAAUGGUUCGUUUGCGAUGAUCCCGGGAUUUAUACUCGUUGCUUUGUCAUUCAGGGAACGGAUGUGCUCGUGCACAGGGGAAUAUACGAAGCUGCAAAGGGAAUAUACGAACAGCUAAUGCCGGAAAUCAAGCAGCACCUGGAAAGAUACGGGUACAGAGCAAGGCUUCAGUUCACGGGCCACUCGCUCGGAGGAAGUCUCGCGCUUCUCGUAAACUUAAUGCUUCUUGCAAGAAACGAAGUCGGGCCCAGUUCUCUACUGCCAGUGGUCACUUUUGGGUCGCCUUUUGUAUUCUGCAUGGGCCAGAAGAUAUUGGACUGUUUGGGCCUCGACGAAGAUCACGUUCACUGUGUGUUGAUGCAUAGAGAUAUUGUCCCGAGAGCCUUCUCGUGCAAUUACCCGGAAUAUGUAGCCCAAGUGCUCAAGCGAUUGAACGGCACUUUUCGCCUCCACCCAUGUCUUAACAAGAAUAAACUAUUGUACUCUCCCAUGGGAAAAAUAUUCAUACUCCAGCCGAACGAGAAGUCUUCGCCACCUCAUCCAUUACUCCCUUCAGGCGGGGCCCUCUACGCAUUAAACAACACGAACGAAAGCUCUCUUCUGACUAAAAGUGCCGUUCGAGCUUUCAUGAAUUCACCACACCCAAUCGAAACUCUGAGUGACCCAGCAGCUUACGGUUUGGAGGGCAAUAUUGUCCGGGACCAUGACUCGAGCAAUUACCUUAAAGCGGUUAAUGAAGUAAUAAGGCAACAUACGAGGCUUGUCGUGAGGAAAGCAAGGGAAGAGAGGAACCAGCUAUGGCCGCUGUUGACUUCCAGGUCGCCUCACGAAUGGAGCCACGCUUGUAAUGUCGAGGGCCGGGAGACUCGAGUGAGUGAGAAAAUGUUGACUGGGGUUUGAGAUUCUUGAUUCAAGUAAAUCUGCAAAAUAAAAGUGGAGUUUUCUUUCUGGACAUGGAUUUUGCUUUCUGUGCUGUAAAUAAGAUUUUACAGACUCUUUGGUUUUCUGGUGUAUAAAUAAG